GAGGCUGGGGCUGGUGACCCAGGCUGGAGGGGAAGAUGGCGGCGGAGAGACAGUCUCCGCUAUUGGCGGGUGUACGGCCCGUCGACUUCGAGGUGCUGGAGGAUGGCAAGAACGUCUUUGCUAGUCCCGUGUCCACUUUGGAGUCAAGUCCUUCAUCUCCAGAGCCAGCAAGUCUUCCUGCAGAAGACCUCAGCACAAACUUUAAUGGUCCAAAGCCAGCAGAAGUCAUGCCAGAUGAUGAUAGAGAAGACCUUUUUGCUGGUAACUGCUUUUUUUCUUCUAAUGUAGCUGCAUAGACUCUUUUCCUCUUGGACUUAAAGGGGUGUGCUUUUGUGAGGAGGAGGAGGAAAAUCUUUUUAUGCUGUAAAAGGUAAUUUCCAUGUCUGUAAGGAAAUAUGAAGCAGUACCCUUGCAAUGGAAACUCUGAUUUUAAGCUUAAGCAAUUUAAUAUUGUUGUAAAUCUUAUACCAUUGUUCAACCUGUUGAAGAUAUACUUUCUGGAAAAUUCAUUAAGUAAUGUUUUCCUUUGGAUAUUAGGAGUAUCACUAGUCUCUGUCGAUCAUUCUUUAUUGGAUUCAGUGAUCACCUAUUUAAUCGAAGUCCUAUGAUCUUCUGCAAUUAUACUGUCAAAU